AUGAUCACCAACGAAGCUCUCUCUGUGAUCGAUGCAUCAGGUCGCCAAUUCAGUUUACUCAACAACGAUACAAGUGUACCAGUAUACAAACGAAGUCGCACAUCUCCCCCUUCCCCUUUACCUGAAAUGAGCUAUCCCCGUCCCCAAUGUCCACCGUCAUUUCAACAUCGGCAUGUUACCAGCAGCAAUGGGUGGCAAUAUAGAGAGCAAAAUGGCAUGCCUGCUGCUUGUGUAUCUCCUACAUCACCAGCGUCUCGUGGCAACAGUUGCCAACCUGCACCGCCACCAACACCAACACCACCUGUCAAUACCAAACGCAAAUAUCAUUGCACAGAGCCUGGAUGUAACAAGAGCUUCACUACAAGUGGGCAUUUAGCUCGCCACAACAGGAUCCACACAGGCGAAAAGAACUUUCCUUGUCUUUUCCCGGGUUGUCAAUCCCGCUUUUCCCGUCAAGAUAAUAUGAUGCAACAUUAUCGUACACACAUGUCUCCAAAAUCAAGGAAAUCAAACAAGCGUACCAGUAUCACUACCAUAGCAACCACAUCCACGGCUCCUUCAUCAUCAUCUUCUUCGGUGGUUGAUGAUUCUAGACCAAGACCUCGACUACAUGCUCACCAUCGUAUCCAAUUCGGUGUUGAACGACCUUUAACCAUUGAUCAGCAUUUGAAUAAUUAUCAUCAAUCACUUGCAUCCCCUGAACGCUAUUCUUCUGUGCGAUAUGACAAUAAUGGCAGUAGUUCCAUCAAGACAUCUGUCACAUCAUCCACUGAGUCCUUUACCAAUAUCACUGCAAGGAAUGGAAAGGAUUCUUUUUAUCAUCAUCAUCAUCAUCAUCAUCAUCAUCAUCAUCGUCAAUUAUCAUUGCCCAACAACAACAACAACAAUACCAACGCAGCACAUACAGCAUUACGAUCGCAUGUAAAUCCGUCAUCAUCACUACCUCCACCAACGCAAUCCUCAUCACCAUCACCCACACAAAUUGAUCACGAUAACAACAAUGAAAGCGAUCGACGAGAGAAUGACGAAAGAACUGAUGGACUCCUUCAAUUGGCACAUGUUGUAAGCACCUUUGGUUGA